AUGCUCAUCGCCAUCCCCCAGGGCGCCGAUCCCUGCAUGCGUCAGAUCAAUGGGACGUUCUAUAUGACUUCGACGCAAAACACGGAUAUCAGCAUGUGGAAGGCGGACACGGUUGAAGGGCUACAUACGGCGGACAAGAUCAUCCUGUUCACGGAUGAUACGGAGGGGAGGGAUUUCGACCUCUGGGCUCCUGAGUUCUGGUUCCUCGAUGGUAAUUGGUAUAUAUACUACGCAGCCGCCGGCAACUUCGACGACAACACUCAUCGCCUCCACGUCCUACGCGGAGGAACAGAUGAGUCCGACCCAUCCACCGGUACCUACGAGUACGCCGGCGCCCUCAUCCCCGACAACUUCGACGCCUGGGCGGUCGAUGGAAGCAUCCUCGAGCUCGAUGGCGUGCGCUACCUUGUAUUUUCUGGCCAGGAGACCGACACGCCGUGGACUCAGUGUCUGUACAUUGUGCAGAUGAGCGACCCGGUGACGCUUGUUGGGGACGCGCAGAUCAUAAGCUGCCCGGAGUAUACAUGGGAAACGGCCGCGACGCCAGUUCAGGAGGGCCCGGAGCCAAUCACAUAUGACGGAACGACCUAUAUCGUCUACUCCGCGUCUCAUUGCUCCACCGUGGACUACGCACUCGGCUUGCUAACGCUGACCUCUGGCGCUGACCCAAUGCAAUCUUCCAGCUGGACGAAGGCACCAGAGCCACUCUUCAGCAAGAACGAGGCGGCGGGCGUGUAUGGUCCCGGUCACCACUUCAUGUUCCAGACAGGCGACGAGUAUUACUUCGCCUAUCACGGGAAAACCCUUGAAGACCAGUACUCGUGCGGUGAUGAGAGGACCACACGAGUGCAGCCCUUUUCCUUCAACGCAUCGGGACCGGUAUUCCCGGUGCCAGUCGCAGUUGGUGUUGCCGUCCCUGAGCCGCCACUCUGA